AGUCACAACUAGGGACCCAGAGGAGAAACAUCUAGAUAAGCUUUGCUCAGCAACCCUCCUAUCUCCGCAACCCGGACAUGUUGUAUUUCCCGAAAUGCAACGCUGGGCGUCCACAUCAUCAGCGUCUGCAUUUCAGGCGACUCAGCGCGACUGGCGACGACGCUCCCACCUCUGCCGGGCAGAAGCGGUUUUGGAGAAUGCUACUUUAUUUGCUCCUGUAUCCAGUCCUGCUUAUAGGAAGGAGUGAAGCUCAGAAUGAUGAUUGGAUUGAUCCAACAGACAUGUUGAAUUAUGACGCAGCAUCAGGAACAAUGCGAAAGCCUGACAAACAUGUGAAUCAGGAUGAUUUUGAAAGUAAUAGAUUACCACCAACAAAAGUGGCUGAAGAAAAUCUAAUGGAAAUUUCCAGGUGCCAAACAAAACUAGAUUCUGUAACUCAUAAGCUUGAUGAAUAUGAAAAAAAAUAUAAAGUAAAAUUACAUGAAAGCACCAGCAUUCAUGUUUUUAGAAGAUACUUGAACAAGAUUUUAAAUGAAGUUGGACGACUUGGACUACCCAAUGAUAAUACCUGGGAAGUGCAUUAUGAUGCUGAGAUCAUCCUCACCAGACAAUCAGUUAAUGAAAUUAACAAGUUCCUUAAGGAAGAAAACUGGAAAUCUGCAUCUCUAGAUGAAGCCGUUAAUAGCAUCCUGAUUAAUUGUAGACCUCAUGAUUAUGAAGCAUGGAAAUGGAAAUUUGAGGACACAUUUGGAGUUGAUCCAUAUAAUGUCUUCAUGAUUCUUUUAUGUUUAGCAAGCAUCUUGAUCAUUAUUGCGACAGAAUUAUGGACACGCGUUAGUUGGUUGACUCAGAUGAAGCGUCUUAUGAUCAUCAGUUUUAUUAUCAGUUUUGGAUGGAACUGGAUGUAUCUCUAUAAGAUGGCCUUUGCUCAGCACCAGUCGGAAGUGGCCAAAAUGGGAGAUGUUGAUACAGUCUGUGUGGAAAAGAUUAAAUGGACGGACAGCUUUUGGGAGCUUUUUAGAACUUCAUUUACAUACCAAGAUGAUCCUUGCCAAAAAUACUAUGAAACCCUCCUGGUAAAUCCGAUUUUGUUCGUUCCUCCAACAAAGGCCCUGGCUGUUACAUUUACCAAUUUUAUAACAGAACCACUAAAGCACAUAGGACAAGGAAUUGGUGAAUUUAUUAGAGCUCUCAUGAAAGAAAUUCCAGUACUUCUACAGGUUCCAGUGCUGAUUAUAAUGACAGGAGCAACUUUGAUUUUCUGCUAUGGGGCAGGAAGAUCUGUCACUGCUCUAAGAAGUUUACCAUACCAGGAAAGUCCACAGCCUCCUGCUCUUCCCCCAAGGGAUGGAAAUCAGCAACCACCAAUGCUGCAGCCAAAGCAGAGUGGGGCAGAUGGCAAGGCAGGCUACUUGACUGGAAACACAGAGUCCAUCCUAGGAGGUCCUUACGACAGAGGAGAUGCAUCAAGAAGAGACAGACAAACCAGAUCCGACUGUGACCGUAGAAACAACAUAGAGGUAGUGCAAGCUGGCAGUACACUGGAUGUACCAGCAGAAGAACAUUCUAGAUUGGCAAUCAAGAAUGAAUUGAAUCCUAAAGAAGAGAAUCAGGCUAAUGAUGUAAUGGAGAAAACCAACACAGAUUCAGACCUGGAUAAAAGAAACAUUGUUGAACCUUGCCAAGUGCCAAAGCAUUCAGAAAGUAAUGGAAAUGAAACAAAACAUAGCAGCAGUGAACAUGGGAUUGUGAAACAAAAUGUUCCGGAAGCCCCAGAAUUUCAGGGGAAAGAGAAUAGCUCAUGUGGAUUGGAAGAAUCCAGAGAGAGGAUUAUAGAAACCUUGAACCCAUCUGAACAGUAUCAGAGGAACACUGCUUCCUGACAGACCUCUACCAGAUAGAAGCCUUUUUAAAAAAAAAAUUAAUCAAAAAGAAUUCAUCAUUCUGAAAUGAGAAAAUUAUUCAUUUUGUAACCCCAGGAUUAAUCAGGAUGUUUUUCUCCUGACAGCUCCAAGGCAUUUUGAAAGGAUCUUAUAGAAUUAUGUAUUAAAUGUAUAAAACAUGCAAGAAUCUUGUACAUAUGGCUUGACAGUGAAAUAAAAGAUUUUAUUAUAUAUGGAA